GGAGGCGCUGUUCGCCCAGCUGGACUGUCACAACAUGAUGGACGAGGACGCGACGCUGGGGCAGGGCGCGGCGCUCGGCCAGGACGCGGAGCAGCAGGAGCAGCCCGAGCCGGAGGACGGCUACACUGCCACUUCCACGUCGACGGAGACGUCUGGCGGCACCACCCCCGGCGAGCAGACCUCCAGCCGACAGCGCCGCGCCACCACCACGGCCACCGCCACGGCCAGCAACAGGGAGGCCACAACCGACGUGAGCGUCGACACCUCCGUGCCGGCCACCAGCACCGAGCCAUCCAGCGAGCCCUCCACCUCGGCCAACGCGAGGACCACGAGUGACACCCACACCGCGAACGCGGCCAAGACCUCUUCGACCAGCAGACCGGCCUCGGUCGUACCCGCCGCCUCCACCGCCGCCAAGCCUGCCCCCGCCGCCUCCACGGCCGCCCCCGCCGACAAGACGGCCGCCCCCGCCGCGCCCUCGCGCCCCGAUACGCUGAUCGUGGCGCACAAGGACGAACCCGAGCACGCCCAGCCCAAGGAGGGCGACAAGGAGGUGCCGUCCUGGACGCCGGAUGACAAGGCCAUCAUCGUGCCCGUCGUGGCCAAGAAGGGCCCUGGCUACCCCAAGAAGGUCCCCGCCUCCAGCGGCUCCAAGCCGUUCCGGCCCGAGAAGAUCCCCGUCAAGCUGCGCGCGCCAGCCCAGGACGCCGUCAAGGACACCGUAAAGGACACCGCCAAGGACACCGUCAAGGUAGCCGCCAAGGUCACCCCGAAGGACGCCACCAAAGACACCGUCAAGGACACCAUCAAGGGCACCGUUAAGGACACCGUUGUGGCCCCUGCCAACUCUGAGGUCAUCGCUCCAGCUAAGGCGCCUAGCACUGUGACCCCAGCGCCGCUGGACAAGCCGAGGGUCUCUCUGUCGCGGUUCGACGUCAAGGUGUCGGUGAAGAAGGCCGCCCCCCUGGCCACGCCGUCGCCGCGGCCCGCGCAGGCCGCCGUCGUGGAGGUGCCCAAAGUGGCCGUGGCCAUGGACCCCGAGAACAAGCUGGAGAGCGCUGAGUUCGGCAACCACAUGGACGCCAACGCGGCGGACGACCUGGACGACGCCCUCAUGAUCCGCGAGCUGUCGAGCGCGCGCACGCCGCUCAUCAAGGCCCUGCCCGUGGUGGACGUGCCGCUGCCCAGCCCCCAGGCCGCCACCGCGCGCCCCACCGCGGCGGCGCAAGUCUCGGCCGCCAAGCUCAACAAGGAAAGCCCCGUCUACCUGUCGCUGCCCGCCGGCGACCACAUCGUGAGGAGGCCGCCCGUCAAGAAGGAUGGCCUGCCCGCCGCCAUCGCCGGCGCGGCCGUGGUGACCACCAGCACCUCCACGACGACCACCACCGCGGCGCCCACCACCACCUCCACCGCCGCAGCCCCCACGGAGCCCGCCUCCACCAUGUCCCCCGUGCGCCUGCGGGAGUCCAUGGCCGGGCCCGGCGGCAAGGCCAGGACGCUGACGACGAUGCCGCCCCUGGAGAACGCGGCGCCCGCCGCGACCUCUGCCGCCGUCGCGUCCACGGCGGCGCCCCAGUCCACGUCAACCAGCACGAGUGCGCCGACCACCAUCGCCACCUCCACGACCUCGGCGGCGACGUCCACGGCCGCGGCCGUGCACAACGCGACGACCGCGGCGCGCGCCGCCGCCACCGAGACCAGCACAGCCACCACCACGUCCACGGCGCGCCCCGAGGCCGAGGCCGCGCCCAAGGAGAACGGCCGUCGGCGCCAGCACCUCCCCGCGCCGCUCCUGUCCAUGAACAUGAAGCCCGACUCGGAGGACGGCGAGGAGGGCCUGGAGACGGAGCCGCAGUCGCCGCCGCGGCCCAACCGCAGCCGCUCGCUCGUCCACCAGCAGCGCCGCACCUUCUACCCGUACUUCUUGAACAGGGUGCUGGGGUAG